AGCUCACAAGUGCGCAUAUUUAUCCUGCUGCCGGUAUGUAUUUGCCAUGUUAAUGUUCAUUGAAGUGAUCAUUAAAGAGCAUCUCGGAGGAUUUACGCAUACAUUGUAAACUUGGCCCGGCAUUUAGCAAUCAGCUCCAUGGUGUAAGUGGCCGUGUUUCACCCAAAGGAAGUCUCAACUGUGCUGCAGGAUGUACAGAUGUCCCCCUAAGCUGGUUGUGCCCCCCGGCCUGAGGACUCUGCUGGAGGGGCUAAGCAGAGCAGUGGUGAGCCACCAGCCGGAGAACAUCUCUCAGUUCUCCGGCUCUUAUUUCGCCGAGCUGCUCCGCUUCAGGGCUGAAAACCCUUCCCUUGACAUUAAGGACCUUGUAAAGCAGUCCCAGGCAGCCAAAGUUGGACAAAUAUCAGGCCAAGACACGAGAGAGCUGUGCACCCCAGGGAUCACUGACACAGUGCUAAGGGAGGCAUGCAUCCCAUCUCCACCAGCAGUAGGACCGGUGGGGUCCCAUGAGAUAACUCGUGUUUACUAUGAGUCUUCCACUCUAACAAAAAGCAGUGCUCCCUUCCCAGUGACCGGAAGCCAAGAACAGCCCGUUUCCGAGCCCAAGACUGAUCAUGAUCAAGAGCCAGAGGUGGUCAUUUUCCGGCGAAAGUCCUAUAUCAGCACUGCCUCUCCAGAUGCUGAAAUCUUGCUCCAGGAUCAGAUUCCUUGUCAGGAAAUUAAUUCGGCUUUGUUUGAGAGAGUGCCAUCAAGCCAGUUUGAUAUCACUUCAAAUACAGUGUUGAUCAAAACCCCUUCUGUUCCUUGUGAGUAUGUGAUCGUGGUGCAAUCCGAGAACGUUCCUGAGACAAUAGUAUUCCAUAGAAAUCCGUCAGAAAUUGAAGAAGCGAAAAAGCCUUCCUUAUCCACGCUCUCUGCCACCCCACCGCCAGCGCCAGCGGAUGAAGAAAAGCCAAUUGAAUGGGAAUGCACCCCAGAGGUGGAACCAUUGGAAAGCACCUCUUUACCACUGGAAGAAUUUCCUUUGGAUAUGAUCAGUUACCAACUUGCCUCUGUGUUGGAGAACGUGGUAACACUGCCACCUGUUGAACAGCCUGAAGACGCUUGCUGGCGGGACGAUAAGGCCAUUCUGAAGAAACACUCAGUUUCUGAUGAGCUUAGCACAGAAUCCCCACUGGGGACAGGAGAAUCCCAUCCUAGAGUACAAACAGUUCCAAAACCUUACCGAAGACCUCUGUCCGUUAGCGAUGCUUCUACUCAGACAUUUGCACAUGAAAGCACCACUUUUGCUGAGCCAGUCAACAUUGGACUUUGUGGACCGUCUUUGGAUAAACCAUACAUUGGUAAAACAGAAGCUUUAAUAAUCCCCAAUUUGGCUUCAAGGUCACUACAUACUGAGCCCACUCCUGAAUGUACAAGGACACCUGAUCAGCGUAGAGUUGCGGGAGCCACGCCCGUGAGCGAGGCUGCUGAGGCUGGACCGGAAGGUGUCUUCGGGCCCCUGGGGGCCCUUUGUGUCCUCACGGGCCCUGAGGCACGGGGUGGGGUGCCAUCCGUGGUCCCGUAUCACACCCCUCCCUCGGUCAUACAGUGUGGUCCUGACCACGUGCUGAUAGCUGAACAGCCUGGUCUUCCUCUGUAUCCGGGCUUUGGGCAGCAGCACAGCGCCCCCUACGUGACAACAACCUUUCCAGCCUUGCAUGGACUUUGCUCCCACCAUGUGGCUGACCAGCACUAUGCAGGAAACACCUUCUUUCAGGCACCCUUCCCUCAGGUGCCCCCACCGCACUAUCUCGUGAUCAGCCCCCCUGCUCCCCAGGACCUCAAGACGGCUCCCUUGUCGUGCCAGCUGCUGGCUCAGGAGUGUGCCCACCCCCAGGGGCUGCGGCUCAGCCCCCUGGGUGAAGCAGCCCAGACACCAGCGGCGGCCGGCAGCCCCCCUGGCCAGCUGGGGCAGCUCCUGCAGGUGACCCCGGAGGUGCUGGCAGAGCCAAGACACACGCCGCCCGCAGGCUUACUCCUGAAUUACUGCCCCACACUCACGGGGUAAAACAGCUCUCCUUGCUUAGUUCUUGCAAAGCCAGCGUGGUUAUGAAGGCUGGCGUUUUGUUUUGCAACUGAAAGACAGAAGGUUUUGUGAUUCUGCCUCUUAUCUUUCUAAGCAACAAUAAACCGAUGUUAUGCAACUUG